CCCCCUCUCUUAUUUUUCACCCCCCACUCCUCCAUCCUCUUGUCCAUGUGAAACGCGCAACACGAAUUGCCUGGCUGUGUGCGCGCUUCCAAACAGGAGAAGAGAUUAAAAACAAAAGCGGGGGCACAUGCUCAAUGAGGAGGUGAAGGAGAAGGAGAAGAAGAAGAAGAAGAAGAGGAGGAGGAGCGUGAAACGCGCGCGCAGGCUUUUUUCAUUGAGUGCCUUCGCCCUGAGCCGAGCAACAGCAUGGAUCUCUCCUUCAUGGCCGCGCAGAUCCCAGUUAUGACGGGAGCCUUCAUGGACUCUUCGCCAAAUGAUGACUACAGCGGCGAGCACUCGCUCUUCAACUCAUCCGCCAGCGUCCACGCCGCUGCAUCGGCCGCUUCCGUGCACGGUCAGCCGGACGAAUCGCAGUCAAUGUCCAGCGACGCCAUCUGGCUUUGGAUCGCAAUUGUGGCAACUAUCGGAAACAUCGUAGUAGUGGGCAUAGUCUACGCCUGCACCUUCUGAGGACUACAACCAUCCCACAAAGACUUUUCUUUUUUUAAAUUCUUUCUAAAUGUUGACUCUAACUGGUCUUCUGAGAUUCCACAAUGGACAUCAACGUCUACAUCAUGAGCGCAAGACUCCUCUGCUUUUGUUGGAUUCUACGAUUUGAGGAAAAUGUGUCAUGGAUAAAAACAGGAAACUUGUUCUCUCUGCCAAGAAUCAGAGGAAUCCUGAUCCCUCCUAAGUCUCUUUCCAUGUCUUCCCUGAAGAAAACACUCUCACUUGCUACACGGAGAUGCAAACGGAGGUUAAAUGGGGCUUGAGAUCCGGGUUGAUCCGGGGACGUCGCCAGCCUCCGUUGCCACAAAGCAAUUUAGGGCAGGGCUGUUUAAUUAUGCCCUAGAACACGGAUGCCGAAUGUUAAAACAUUUAGAGGGCGCUGGGAUUAUUUUCAUCCGAGGCAGCCCAGAGGCUCAUUGCCAUUAGGUUACGUGUAAGGAGACUCUGCGGAUCAUACGUGGCAUGGACACAGUAAUAAUUUAGUCAUCAUCGAACUUCACUUAACGCUCACUAAAAUCCACAUGAAUAUCAAAUCGUAAGGCCUAUAUUUAACAAGGGCAAUAAUUCAAUUCAACUCCAAACUUUUCAGCUUCACCACCUUCAUCAUAUCCCUGCUGCUUAUCUCAGCCAUUUAUUAUCUUUGACAGGGUUGCUGGGGUGUCAACUUAUUAUACUGGACAUCUGCUGACAAUCUGCUUACGGUGACCUUGAGGAUCUUAGGGCAAGCGUUUGUAUUAAAAACAGUUGUAAUCAUAUAUUUUGUACAGCUUUGUUCCAUCUAGGUACAGUGAAGAAGAUAAGUAUUUGAACACCCUGCUAUUUUCAUGGAGGAGUCUGAAAUUUUCAUCAUAAGUGCAUGUCCACUGUGAGAGAGAUGAUCUAAAAAGAAAAAUCCAGAAAUCACAAUGCAUGAUUUUUUUCAACUAUUUGUGUGAUACAGCUGCAAAUAAGUAUUUUAACACCUGUCUAUCAGCUACAAUUCUGACCCUAAAAAACCUGUUAUUCCUUCUAUUAAAAGUCCACCUCCACUCAAUGUAUUAUCUUAAAUCAGAUGCACUUGUUUGAGGUCGAUAGCAGCAUAAAGACACCUGUCCACCCCAUACAAUCAGUAAGACUCAAACUUGUAACAUGGUCAAGACCAAAUGUCAGGGAAAUUCAAAUUUCAACUCCAAGACAAGUGUCUACUCGAUAGCUCGAUGAGAAAUGAAUCAGACCAUACCAUGGAUUGUAGAGGCGUGCGAAAUAUCCGAUUUUUCAAUUACUCGCGAUUCAGCCGCGGAAGAUUCGAGAACGAUUCACAAACAUUAAAAUUCCAAUUAUUGAAUUAUACCAGGUAAAGCGGAUCUAAAACACAGUCAGCAGGACGCAAUGAGGAACGGACCGAGAGUAAAUAUCAUGUUCAACUCAUGCCGCUAGAUAAAAAAAAAAAACAAUAAUACUUGACUGCGGUCGUCAGCCGCUACAAACAGCCCCCAGUUGCUAGUUGCUACAAACAUACGGCAACAUACGGCUAUGGUAGAUAUCACAUAUAUCUAGAACUAGACGUAAAAUGACAGACGACGGCAGUGUUAGAUCAUAUACAAAGAACUAGAUGUGAAAUGACAGACUUUCCCAUGCUAGUAAACAGGCGCCAUCUUAAAGCAGUAGACUUCUCUCGAAGGCUCUGUUGUAGCGAACUUAAUUACUUUUUAUCUUAAAAAAAAAAAUUUAUUAAAUAAAAAAAUCUGCAAAAUCUUGACUUGAAUCUAUCUUUAAAUGAUGAAACAGUUUUAAAACUUUCACGUCGAAAGUAGACAGAAGGAAAAUUAUGGAAUAACGGGAGCAAUUUUAACAACUUUAACGGUUGAUUCACAACAUUAAAUUAACUGAAUGUAGUUUAAAGCUGCCGAUACAGAAUGGGAACUUGAGUAUUUUGUUUACUGUUUUUAACGGUUAACUUGAUACUGAAAUAGUAGUUUGUUUAGCCUGGGAGGAUUUUUGACCAAUUUUGGAAUUAGUGUACAAAAAAAUUAAAAGCCAUGGAUGAGAGGGGGGGUUUGCAUCAAUAAUUGAUUUAUAAUUGAAUCGAAGCCUCUGAAACGUAAUCGUGAUCGAAUCGUUGGGUGCCCAAAGACUCCCACCUCUAAUGGAUUGAUUGCUUCGAAGACUUUAUGAACAAGAACUCUCGGGUACAGACGCAGAGCCACGCAGAAAGCGUCCUCUCCGCAUGUGGACAAAAGUGAUAUGCAGGGCAUAUCAAAACCGAAACUUACUAUAGCAUAUCCUGGUAAAAACAUCUCAAGUUACAGAAAAACAUCUCGAGUAGGGGAAAAACACCUCAAGUUAUGACCUUGAACAACGGCACUGGCUAGAACGAUGAUGAGCUCAGUCUGAUAAGCCACAGUCGCCCACUGUAUUCAUUCAGGGCAUAUUGGAAAACACAGGAACAUAACAGUCCAUAUUUGGGCAUAUUGUGAUACAGUCUACAAUAGUCAAGGCUAUGGGAAGGCACACUCAAACAGGUUAAUAUAACAAUGAUGCUCUAUGCUACAAUGUUCUCAUGCAAGAAUAACAAAAGCAUACAAAAUAUGAUGUAUAAUGGUUGUGUUUUAAGCAUGAAUAAAAUUCUCUCACACCGAAGAGCUGUAGACACCAGAGACAAAAUUGUUCACCUCCAUAAGGCUGGAAAGGUCUACGGAGCAAUUGCUAAGCAACUUGGUGAAAAAAGGUCCAUUGUUGGUCAGUCAUUAGAAAAUGGAAGGAGCUAAACAUGACGGUCAGUCUCAAUCGGAGUGGAGCUCCAUGUAUGAUAUCACCUCUUGGGGUCUCAAUGGUCCUGAGAAAGGUGAGGAAUUAGCCCAGAACUACACAACAGGAGUUGGUCAAUGACCUGAAAAGAGCUGGGACCACCAUUUCCAAGGUUACUAUUGGUAAUACACUAAGACGUCAUGGUUUGAAAUCAUGCAUGGCACGGAAGGUUCCCUU